GGGAGGUCCCCCUAUCUGCACAGCGGGAGAGAACGAGAAGAGUAUAAAGGAGAUCGGAGAGGACAACCCGGUCUCUUUUUCUACGCUGCAGCUCCCUGGGGACAUCACCGGCUUUGUACCAAUUUGAACCUUUUCAGAGACUCCAUUAGUCUCAUUAUUUUAAGUUUCUUUCCUGGGAGCGAGAAGAUCACGAUUUAUCAACACAACCCAGCAUUAAUAAGGUCCCAUUGUUAAUCUCUAGCAUGGGUUUAGAAGCCUGGUUCAUGGACAGCUCUGAGGAGGACCAGAGGAAGCCUCACAAACUGACCCCGGACCAGCCCGUCUCUCUGGAAGAACUACGGCAGCUCGGGGUGUUUCACUGGAAGCUGAAUGCUGAUAUCUACGAAACAGACCCAGAGCUGGAGAAGAUCCGUAAAGACCAGGGCUAUUCCUAUAUGGACAUAAUCUCCAUUCACAAGGACACACUUCCUAACUAUGAGGAAAAGCUGAAGAGGUUCUUCGAGGAGCACCUGCACCUGGAUGAUGAGAUCCGCUACAUCCUGGACGGCCAGGCCUACUUCGACGUCAGGGACCAGGAGGAGCGGUGGAUCCGGAUGGCCAUGAGAAAAGGAGACCUGAUCACCCUGCCGGCCGGCAUCUACCACCGCUUCACCCUGGAUGAGACUAACUACACCAAAGCCAUGAGGCUGUUUGUGGGGGAGCCGGUGUGGAAAGCGUAUAACCGGCCCGCUGAUGACUCUGACAUCCGCAAGAAGUAUGUGACAUCUCUGCAGGGAUGCUGAGAGGGGACUGUGCCAUAGAGAGGCGAAGUCCCUCCCCUUCCGGUUGAGCUCCAUGGGACCUUAUUUCGGAAAAGUUAUGUAUUGAA